AUGGCGAUCUACAACCCAGUAAGAGUCUCCACCUGGCGGGUGAAGGCUUUGGUGGGGGCCAGCCACGAGGCCCACUGCCCGUGCACUUGUGGAGAUGCCGAGGAAGUCUACCUCGGAAAAGGUUACCCCCGAAGGCGAUUUACUUAUACAGAGAUUGAAAAAUCAAAAGCUGCUGGCUCGGUCCUGGUGGGAAACAUGAGCUGCCUGAACAACUCAGACUUCCAUCACUUUCCAAGCCUGCCUAUCGAGAUACGCCUGAUGGUCUGGGAAUAUACCUGGCCACCACCUCGAGUCAUCGAAGCCGUAUUCUUCGAGGUGGGCUUUGACGACGAUGAUUACGAAGAGUUCACGAUAUUACGGCGGGUUCCGUAUCUAAGUUUUUGA